CGGCGCCGAAACACCUUUCGACAACUCCCAGGAUCCGCAGGCUGUAGAAUGGAAUGCGUUCCCCAAACUUGCAUGACAUCUAUUUGAAAGCCAAACAAAGUUACUUUGUUUUGACGUGUAAAAUUUAUGUCAAGGAUUCCUUUCCAGGCGAACCUCGCCGAUGGCAAAUUGCGGAUGCCACCCGCGUCGUUCAAGAUGAGUAUCUCGAGUGGUCAGUAAACCGGGGUCCUAGGUAAUACUCAGGAGAUAUUUAUAGUGUAAGAUUCA